AUGGAUACUGUAGCAGCGAUUCCACGGUACGCUCGCGUUAAUACGCUGAAAUGGAAGGCAGAAGAGGCUCUCGAGACGCUUAUUUCUGAAGACUGGAAGGUUGUGCAUCUCACGCCUGAGGAUGAUUUUGUGAAGCGUGUUGGAAACAUAGCUGAGGACGAGGAAGGUGUGGGCAAUGGACCGCUCAGAAGAGCGAGUAGAGGUCAUGAACCAGAUACUAGGAGAAUGCGGCGAGAGAAUGCUUCAGUAUUCCAUGGCGACUUCUUGAAAACUGAUGUUAACGAUAAAAAGUUUUCGAAGGUGAAAUACGCCAUCGUCGAUCCCCCUUGCUCUAGAUCAGGUAUGGUAAAGCGCCUAGAUGAGCUGACGGGUGGUAAUGCUGAAAACGGACGUCUGGAAAAGCUAAGAAAUUUGCAGGUAAUAUCAUUUGCCAACUAUUAGGU